GAUGAUCAGCCCCUCGACGAGGAGCCGCUCUACGUCAAUGCGAAACAGUACUAUCGCAUUCUCAAAAGACGCGUAGCUCGUGCUCGUCUAGAAGAGCUACACCGCCUCUCGAGGCAGAGAAAGCCAUACCUCCACGAGUCCCGUCACAAACAUGCGAUGCGACGCCCCCGCGGCCCCGGUGGUCGAUUUCUCACCGCAGAGGAGAUAGCUGCCCAAAAGGCAAUCCAG